AUCCUGGUCGCCACGUCAUGGCGCGGAAGCACAAGGGCACACUGGCUGUCAUUGAGCAGAUCUAUCAAGACAUACCCGCUUUCACCGAUAUAUUCACGGAGGAGAGCUUCUACACGUUCGCCUUUUGUUUCGUUUGUGCCACAGUUUUGGUGGCAUUCAUUUUAUCGCGCUUUAUCACCAUUAAGCCUGUUGAUUUCUGAUUUGUGAGCCAGCAUUAAAAAUAUUUAAGCUUUAACAUGUAAAACACUCCACUCCAUUGUCUUUGCUUC